ACAGGUAGAGUUUGCGUGUACGAUACUCUUGGCACUUGAUUGGUCGCGAUUGUGCAUAGUGCUCGGGAAACUCACGACCAGCUGUGCUUCGAAUUCCGUAAAAUGAAUUUCGUUGUACGAAGCGUGCGCAGGGUAGAAGGACAAAGUGGGGCGUAGGACGAGCUCAAGGAUCUUUUGAGCGUCGCUCUGUUCCUUUGUCAUGAAAUUACGGCUGAACGCUCGAAGAUACGGUACCCGAAAUUUUUGACCUAAACAGUUCUGUUACCGAAUCUCUUCUGCGUUAGUUCAGUUUUAUCAAAUCAAUGAAAUGUUUCGUUUCAGUGUUACAAAGAUCUCAUGUUUUUAGAGUAGUCAACAGAGAAAUUUCCAACUCACGUGAUAAGAAGAAGGAUCACUUUACGUCAACAAAGAACAUGCGAAUUUUGUGAAAAUACAGUGAAUCAUGAAUCUUUAAGUUGUGAUUGAAUUAAAAAAAAACUAUUUUUAUCGUUACUGAAUAAUUUUGUUUACAUUUCGGAGCAAAAAUAUUUAUUUCCAUCCGUGUGUGGUGUUGACACUGGUGAUAAUCCUGAUCCUGUUUCGUGUUACCUGCUUGAUAAUGCAUUGCGUGUAGAUACAAUAAACGAGCUACGUCAGAAACAUUAAUUCGUUGCACAUGUAUGUUCCAUGCUUUCCCCUCUGCGUCAUUCUGGUUUCUCCAGAAUGACUAUGCAUACACGUGCUCGCUGCGUUUACAAGGACAAAAUUAGAACCUUUCAAAGGUAGUAUCAAAAGUGGUGAUCAAUAUCACGCUUUUCACAGAUGUAUAAAUGACCUGACACUUUCUGAAUAUAUCGAUCGCAUGUACCAAUUGACUUUUUAUGCUCUAGUUCUAACAAUUUUUCUAUCAAACAGCCGAGUUUCCAAAAAUUCUAGUGCAAACUUAUCGUUCAUUUGUAAAAACCGCGAAAUACAGGUGAAACGAUGGCCGUUAAUGCGAUAUAACAAAUUCAUACACAAUAUUGAAAAGAUAACAUUUAUCAGUCUGCUACCAUUAAUCUAAUAAAGGGAUGCUUGUAGAGGGACAUCUACAACCUUAUCACGGUGUCGAAUGCAAACAGAAUAAAGUCCCUAUGUUAAAGUCGAAAAUACACCCUAUGUGAUUCUGUGCGAGCGACGUCGAAAGUACUUUAGAUGAAACCCUAAUGUCGAAUACGAAUAGAAUUAAUUUUAAAGAUAAAACUUAUGGUAACAUUCAGAAACCAGUGGACAUACUAAAAAUAAGGAAAGUAACAUUUUAUGCUUCUAUUCGAAGAAGUUCUAUACCAAGAAUGUAAAGCAGGUCGGCGGCACGAUAACAGACUACUUACCUAUAACGCGAUAACGAUCCACGUACAAGGUUACAAGUCAAGCUUACCAUUGCGAUUACUGUAAUGUGCUGUUAACAAGGAACGGAUAGAAAACGCAUCUUGCGUAAAGCUUGUGAAAUAUAGAACGCAAAUGAGUCAUUGCACCGAGAACGGAAGUGAACAAAGGCUUGGUCAUUUGGCAUAGAUCGUUAGUGGGGAUCAGAUUUAGAAAAUAAUAUGGUGAUCGAACGAAUGCAAUUUGAUAGGAGGUGUGCCUCGGGUGUUUGAGGAAGAUCGGAAUGAACGGUUAAACUUGUCUAUCGCGUACGAUUUCCGCGUGACUUUUUACUUGGAAGAUGAGUGAUGCGAUGAUCAAACAUACCACAUAGCACGCGCUUUGUUCUUUGUGUAUUAUUGAAUUUUUAUUAAGUGAUUUCUAUAUAAAGAAAGAGAUAAGACUGGUAUCAAAGACUGAUGUUAUAAAAUGUGUUUGUUUUUUAAUACCAGUAAGUUAUCGAUAACGAGCGCCGAUUACCACUUUCAUCCACGUAUCUGGCAUUCUAAGCUCACUUGUGGAACUUGCUAAGAUUAAGACAAACCGUAACGUUUCGGUAUUACCUCCAACCGGGCGGCUUUUCAAACGUAUUAUCGGUGUUCUUGAGCGCGAACGUAUACCGGAAACGACGUUCGAAUUGUCAACGACUCGAUGAAAGGAGCCAGUGAAGUGCCAGUGAAUUAUCGAUAAUACAUACGACGACAAGCACCAUUGUGUUAACAGCUUAAGGAUAAUAGUAGCUCUAAACGACUAGAGGUGUAACAACGAGGUAUUUAAUAGUCAUGUAGCAACGAUAACGUGUUACAGUGGGAUGCUAUACGAAAUCAUUUUACUUGUUCAACGAAAAUAAUCAUUUUUAUCGAAGAAAGAAGGGGAGCGAAAUCGCGGCGACUCGAUACAGUGUCGACAUAAUUUGUAGGAUUGCAUCGACCAUUUUUCUUUUCCUUCAAACGGCGGGUUCCGUGAAUAUCUGCCGUCCCUUCCUAAUAGAGCGCACCGGGAAGGGAGGAAGAGUAGCAUGUGAGAAGUGAAUCGAAAAGAAAACUAACGAAAGCGCGGUAAAUUGAAAGUGUGUCGCGUAACUCACAAAGUAUCGUGUUAAAUUGUUAAAAUAUUUUGUACCUCGUUAACUGAUAUAGUGAUUGUCGUCAUCUCUUUCUAAUAGAGCGUACCGCUCUAGGACGUUGGCACGUGAAAGAUUCCAAACGAAAAGCAAUUUCAUCGAGUAACGUCGUUUUCGGUGUCGUGCGAUUGCAACGAAUUACAUAAUCGAUUGACGAAGAGAAAAAGAGACAGCAAGACACGCGUAAAGCACAUCGAGAAUGACCUUCGCAGCCAUCUCGUUUGUCUGUCUAUCGUCGAGGGAGAAGAACCCAGAGAUAAAGUGGUACGCGAUUUAAUUAAUAACUUGUCGUAAUUGUCAGACGGAAAAAAGGUGAAAGAAAAGGAUGCGAUACGCGUGCCAGAAGAGAUGAUUUUAGCGAGACGACGUUCUAGCGAGAAUAUCGGUGAGAUCUUCUUCUAAAGGAACUGCAGUUGGUUAUGCCGUGUUUCUCAGCACAGCAGGUGUAUCGUGAGAGAUGACAGUCACUUAUACUGCCGAAGUCGCUACCUGCAGAGGUCUCGGUUGCUUCCUAAAAUUACUCCUAAGAUGGCGAGCAAGCGUGUACAAGCUCGUCUGGUUGGACCUAGCGCUUUUCCUCUUCAUAUAUUAUUCGCUGUCGAGUAUUUACCGACUGAUAUUGGACGAAGAACAAAAGAAGAUAUUCGCGGCCAUAGUAGCGUACUGCAACGCGUACAGCGAUCUAAUUCCGCUGUCUUUCGUCCUGGGCUUCUACGUCAGUAUUGUUAUGACCAGGUGGUGGAAUCAAUACAUGGUGAUACCGUGGCCGGACUCAAUCGCGGUUUUCGUGUCAGCCACUAUUCACGGCAACGACGAGAGAGGUCGACUAAUGCGCCGAACUAUCGUCAGGUACGUGUGCGUUUGCUUAACGCUAGUACUGGCGAUGGUCUCGCCCCGUGUGAAGAAACGAUUCCCCACGUUAGAGCACUUCGUAGAGGCGGGUUUGUUGCUGGAGAACGAGCUAGUCAUAUUCGAAAGUCUGAACACAAAGUUUCCUAAGCCCAGCAAGCAUUGGUUACCGAUAGUAUGGGCGUCAAGUAUCGUGACAAGAGCGAGGAAGGAGGGCCGGAUUCGUGACGACUUCGCCGUGAAAACAUUGAUAGACGAGUUAAAUAAGUUUCGCGGCCUCUGCGGUAGCCUCAUGCACUAUGAUACUAUUAGCGUUCCUUUAGUUUACACUCAGGUAGUUACGUUAGCUGUGUAUACGUACUUUUUAACAAGCGUGAUGGGUCGGCAGUCGGUGACCGAUGCAUCGCCGAACAUCGAUAUGUAUUUUCCAGUAUUCACAACGCUGCAAUUCUUUUUUUAUAUGGGUUGGUUGAAAGUAGCCGAGACUUUGAUUAAUCCGUUCGGAGAGGACGACGAUGAUUUUGAAGUCAAUUGGAUAAUCGACAGAAAUUUGCAGGUGAGCUACCUUAUCGUCGAUGAGAUGCACCACGAGCAUCCGGAAUUAAUCCGCGAUCAAUAUUGGGACGAGAUCUUCCCUGCGGAACUUCCGUACACGGCGGCAGCGCAGCCCUUCCGCGAGGAGCAUCCGGAGCCAUCCACGGCUAGAAUUCAGUUAUCCGCUGCGCAGCAAGAACUUCAACCAUCUUCGGUCAGGAUUGAUGAAAUGGCAGGGGACUAUCAACAGAAGUUCCGCCCUGACAUGGCCGACGACGCCGCGUCUGGUAUACACUUCAUAGCGACUGGGAAAAUGUCAAGGAGCGCAACCGAGAGUGGUAAAAUAGCGAGAAGCGCUAGCAGAGUAAGCAAUCGGGACCGUACCAUGAGCGGAGGCUCCACUCCAAGCAUCAUCGGAGAGUCUCUACCAAGAGUCAACAGCGUCACCAGCGUGCUGAAACGAUUAUUCAGUAAAGACGAUAGACCAGAUGGCGGUACAUCAAGUGGGACUAAAACACCUGGAAGGCUUGCAUCUUCUAGUUCGGCCGCUUCGCUACAAAAUAGAGCCGUUGCAGGAGGAGGCUCGAUGAGGAUCGGAGUAAUCAAGGAAGAAGCGGACGAACAGAUGACGUUAACGUCGAUGAAGUCGGAGAAGAGACCUCACGUGCAGAGCAUAUUUUCGCCGGGACCACCACCUCCAAGUGCUCCCGUCGCUGUUCCUGGUAUGGAACACUCACGAAAUGGAGAGAUAUUUUCGUGUAGCGCUCCUGUAACUGGUGGUGUGUUAAGGGGAAGUAACGGGGAGAUUGUCAACGACAGGAGAUACGGGUCUGAUUCAAGAGCGCAACGUACUUCACAGUCAGCACGAUCGAGCAUUGCUUACGAACCAGCAGCCAGCUACAUAGACAGUGUUGCGGAUGAUCUUAUAAGCAGCGAUAGUUCAUCCGCUAGCGUUAACUCCGAUGACGAAUUUACAAAAUUGAAGACAGAAAGAGAAAAGCAAAGACGUGAUAAGGUAGAACGAAGAUUGGCUAGGAGCACCAGCGGCCGCAAUAACUUAAUCAGUGGAAAUUCGAAAGGUUCCAUAGACAAUGAACAUCUUCUGUUAUCAGACAUGGCGAAUACUUCGCGUUUGUCUAUGACGCAGGGAGAUGAUAGUAAAACGAUCGAAACCGAUCGUCUUUAGCGGAACUAUUUGUGGCUUUACUUUGAAGUCUAACUUCAAUUGCGCAGGAUAUUAGAGGAGAACUUAAAAAGAAAUAAAUGCACAAAAGAUUUUUACAAUGUUUAAAUAGAGAGACUACCGAUCAGUCGUAUGAUCGGGGAAAGUACAUGAAUUUUGGAAUCACUUUUACGACUAACAAGGUUGAUUCACAUGUUCAAGAUUUAAUUAAAAUAUUAGUGUAUAUACGGAUUUUUUAUUAGGAUGAGAUUGAAGGAGUAGAGAGAAAUAUUUGGUGAUAAACGAUCUACGAGUUUGAUCAUAAUAAUUGACCCUAAUCUGAGAAAGUAUAUAGAGGUAAUGGAAACAUUCCCAUCAUGAAAAGGGAAAGCUAUUCUAAAUGAUCAUGUUUACACAUAUAUAUAAAAUGAACAAAGUUGCUGCGCUUGAAUUGCUAUUGUGAUUUUGUGUAUAUCGUAAACAUAUUCCCAAUUUCGCUGAAGCAAACGAAAGUUCAUGUGCUCUAUUUUUAGCGAUUGGUAUGAAGGAAGACCAAUGCUUUCUAAUAAAUAUUACUUAAAGAUCGUGUAAAAAGAUCCAAAGAUUACAUACGUAAGUGCAAACAUCGAAAGUUAUUACCGCUGUAUUUAAUCAGUGGAUUUGCUACGUGUACCGGUAUACCUCUCACUUCAAGUUUUACGUAUCAAAGUUGACAAUAAUUAUUGAGUCGUUGUCAUCGAUUUAAAGUAUAAUGAUACAAUUUUAUAUAUUUACAUUUAGUAAAUAUUACAACAUGAAUCGUAGCUGCCUCACGUGUAAAGAAGAAAACGUAUAAAAAAUAGAGUUAAUGAUUUAACUUUUAAUUUGUAAAUUAAGUAGUUAUUAACGUAAACACCGAGAAAACAGUUUCGAUUCUAUUCUUCUUGUUUUAAAACGUUUCGCAAACUGAUCGCUUGUACAAGAAGUUUCCGACAAAGUUAGAAGGUAUUCGGAACGAAGAAGAACCUUUGUACUCUGCGAAUUUCAAUUAUUACGAAGAUAUUGAAAGUGCCUGUCUUGUGCCUAUUCUUAUACGAUCAAAAAGCGGUAUUUAACACUUGUUUAUCGCUAUAUAGCUUACGGUCCUAUUGCUUUGCAUAAUAUGUGAUCGAUGUUACGCUCAAAGUUAGUGCUUUUGUACAGCAACGUGUUCGAGCACGCACAUUCCAGAAAUCAAAAAAAUUUAAAUUUUAAGAGAGAAAGUCGAUGAAACGAUCGUACGUCCAUAGGAUAAAUUUAAUUUGAUAUUUUUCUUAUGUUCGUACGUACUUAUAAUAUCGCACACAUUUUGAACAUACUAUAUAUACAUAUAUGUAUAAAAAAUAGGAAAAAUGAAACUUUCUGUAACUAUCCAUUAGGCGAAAUUUCGAGUCUAGCCAAUAUAGCAAUAAAUUUUGUAUGUAUUUAGAAGAAUUAACGAGAAGUUAAAGUACGAUUUGUGAAUAUCCUGUAUAUCAUGUAAAUAUGCGUGUACAAAAGCUUAUACGUAAGUUCACGCUAGAGAAUGUGUCUUUCAUUUUGGAAUUACAUUCCAGAACGCAAAUAAAUCUGAUGGUGCUCAUGGCUAAGCGUUUCGUUCAACAGUAUUACGGUAUCGAAGACGUAUGUUCUUGGAUUCUCACAGAAAGAGUUGAUUUUUUUCUGAAUAAAGAAAAGUAAAUCACAAACAUCAAA